AUGGUCAAAUGUCUGCUUCUAUCUAUCUAUCUAUCUGUUCAUUAUCAAUUACUCUCACUCUCUAUCAAUGUAUCUAUCUACGUAUCUAUCUAUAUCAGGUCUCUCUCUCAUUAUCUAUCUAUCGAUCUAUUAAUUUUCUGUCAUUGUCUUUUCUAUCUAUCCUCAUCUGCUCAUAUCUAUCUAUAUAUCUAUCUUAAUCUGUUCAUAUCUAAAUGUCCUAAUCUGUUUACAUCUAUCUAUCUAUCUAUCUUAAUCUUCCUUUCAAGGUUCAAAAGUUUUUUAUCUAUUUUCUUUUCUCUCUUGUGUAGACAAGGUUCUCUUCUUGGUGACCAAACUCCCUUCUUUCUUCACUUAUUUUCCUCCUGUCCACCGGGAAAUUACGUCUUUCUUUUACGGCCGCUAGAAGGUGAAAAUUUACUUAAACAAGUGCUCCAAAUUCCACUUAUGAACUUCUUUUCAAUUUUCUUUUCUGGGGCUUCUUCGAGAGGACUUCUCAAAACUUUCUCUGAAGGGGAAACUUGCCCGCAACAAAUUUAUUAUCCAUGCAUCCUUCACUUAUGGGCGAACGCUGCCUGUCUUUUCAGCAGGGAGAGUGAAAAUGAACCUCUUCUCUCAGCGGUCUCUUUUCCAACUGCUGCUAAGGUCCAGUCCCAGUUCUCCCCUCCCCCUCAAAAGGGGGCGCAACCCAUUUGUUUGUUUUUCCUCCCUCCCUCCCUUUCUUUCUUUCUUUCUUUUAUUCUUUCUUUCAUUCUUUCUGUCUUAUUAGUAGCUUCUCCUUUAUUCUUUCUUUCUUUCUUUCUUUCUUUCUUUCCUUUUAUUACUAAUAGCAACCCAUUUGUUUGUUUUUCCUCCCUCCCUUUCUUUCUUUCUUUCUUUCUUUCUUUUCUUUCUUUCUUUCUUUCUUUCUUUCUUAUUUCGUAA